AGCGCGCUCCCUGCUCUUGGCACCGGCGCCCGCGGCCUCUCCCCGCAACGGGGCGGCUGCGUCAGAGCCCCCUUGUGCGGGUAUAAAUAGGGGCGGGCGGGCGGCGGCCAGGCGCAGAGCAACUUCUCCUCCUGCGGCGGGCGGCACCAUGAGCUCCUUCGGCUACGACUCCUUCUUCCCCGCCUACAAGCGGCGCUACGCCGAGAGUCCCCGGCUGCACAUCGGAACGGUGCGCAGCGGCAGCGGCGGCGGCGGCGGCUAUGGCUUGUCCCGCUCCACCUACUCCAGCCUCUCGGCCCCGGUCUCCUCCGUGUCGGUGCGCCGGAGCUACGCCGCCUCGUCGGCCUCGGGCUGCCUGCUGCCCUCGGUGGAGAGCUUCGACCUGAGCCAGGUGGCGGCCAUGAGCAGCGACCUCAAGUCCAUCCGCAGCCAGGAGAAGGCGCAGCUGCAGGACCUCAACGACCGCUUCGCCAGCUUCAUCGAGCGGGUGCACGAGCUGGAGCAGCAGAACAAGGUGCUGGAGGCCGAGCUGCUGGUGCUGCGGCAGAAGCACGCCGAGCCCUCCCGCUUCCGCGCCCUCUACGAGCAGGAGAUCCGCGAGCUGCGCCUGGCGGCCGAGGAGGCCAGCGGCGAGAAGCAGGCGCUGCAGGGCGAGCGGGAGAGCCUGGAGGAGACGCUGCGCGGGCUGCAGGCGCGCUACGAGGAGGAGAUCCUGAGCCGGGAGGACGCCGAGGGCCGGCUGCUGGAGAUGCGCAAAGGGGCGGACGAGUCGGCGCUGGCCCGGGCCGAGCUGGAGAAGCGCAUCGACAGCCUGCUGGACGAGCUGGCCUUCCUCAAGAAGGUGCACGAGGAGGAGCUGGCCGAGCUGCAGGCGCAGAUCCAGUACGCGCACCUCUCGGUGGAGAUGGAAGUGUCGGCCAAGCCGGACCUCUCGGCCGCGCUGCGCGACAUCCGGGCGCAGUACGAGAAGCUGGCGGCGCGCAACAUGCAGAACGCCGAGGAGUGGUUCCGCAGCCGCUUCACCGUGCUCACCGAGAGCGCCGCCAAGAACACCGACGCCGUGCGCGCCGCCAAGGACGAGAUCUCCGAGAGCCGCCGGCUGCUCAAGGCCAAGACGCUGGAGAUCGAGGCCACCCGCGGCAUGAACGAGGCGAUGGAGAGGCAACUGCAGGAGCUGGAGGAGAAGCAGAACGCAGACAUCGCUGCCAUGCAGGACACAAUUAAUAAAUUAGAAAAUGAACUGAGAACCACAAAGAGUGAGAUGGCCCGUUAUUUGAAAGAAUAUCAAGAUCUUCUCAAUGUGAAAAUGGCUCUGGAUAUUGAAAUUGCAGCAUACAGAAAAUUGCUGGAAGGUGAGGAGACACGGCUUAGUUUCACUGGUGUUGGAAGCAUAACCAGUGGCUACACUCAGAGUGCCCCAGUCUUUGGCAGGUCUGCCUACAGUGGUUUACAGAGCAGCUCCUAUUUGAUGUCAGCCCGUUCCUUCCCUGCUUACUACUCCAGUCACGUUCAGGAAGAACAGAUAGAAGUAGAGGAGACUAUUGAGGCAGCAAAAAUGGAAGUGGCCAAAGCAGCACCCCCUUCAGAAGAAGGUGAGGAGGAGGAGGAGAAGGAGGAGGCUGAGGAAGAGGAGGGAGGAGAAGAAGCUGAAGAAGAGGAAGAAGGUGCCAAGGAGGAAUCUGAGGAAGCCAAAGAGGGUGAGGAGGAGGAGGAAGGAGGAGAAGAGGAAGAAGGAGAGGAAUCCCAAGAGGCUGCUGAGGAAGCUGAAGAUGGGGAGAAGAAGGAAGAGGCAGCAGGAGAGGAAGAGAAAAAAGAGAAGAAGAAGGAUUGAUUUAGACUGUGUGUCGGUUUCCCAAUCAGGUCACAAAAUAAUCCAUAAAUUUACUGAGCUAAAAAUGUCACACCAUGUAUUUAAUUCAGAGACAAUUUAGGUUUACAGUUAAAGUUCUAUGGUGUUUUUUCUCUAUGCACAGUAUCAGUAUGCUUGCAGAGUACCCAUUGGCUUGCUUCCAGAAUAUGCAUGGUGUUUACUUAUCAGUUCAGGAGCUAUGUUCAAUUUGGAUGAUUCAAAACCUUAAAAUUGAAAUAAAAUUGUCACUUGGGAGACAAAAUAUGUUUAAACUAAAUUCAGAAUAGCUAUGGAAACCUUGAGUGGUAAAGUAAUGAAGGCUUCAAUAAAGUAUGUGCAAUAAAGCUAGACAAUAAAGUUAAAGAGCUGCAUACACA